UUUUUUUUUUAGACAAAUAGAAUUGUGUCAAUAUUUUUUUGGUGACUUUGUGUAUAUAUUUUGUAAUUUGUUUGGUAAAUGCUGAUGAUAUUAUUGAGGGAGAUGAAAAUCAAGAAAAUCAAACUGAACCUCCUUCACCUUCGGAGUCCACCCCAGCUUCAUCUUCGUCUGAGGAUGAUAAAACAACUGAACCUGAAGUAAAGAAAACUCCACAAUUGGAUAGUGCUACCGUAGCUGUAUCAUGUGAAGAGCACCAUUCAUCAAAAUCUCAUAGUAACCAAAAUCAAAACAAACCACGACCACAAACUACAUCUGCGCGACCUCCUGUACAAUAUUUUAGCAGUCAGACAAAUAAAAUCAGGGAUCUAAACGAAAUGUACAACCAAGAUCAAUUUUUACAAGAAUUCAAGCCGAUUCCAUGGUGGACACUUUAUUAUAAACCAGUAGUGGAAAAAUUGGUACCUCUUUAUGCUGCACAAAAGCAAGAAAAUCCACAAACACAAGUACAAGAUAUUUGGAGUCUCUGGAAUUCUGCCCAAAAUCCACCAUAUCAACAAAACCCUUCAUAUCAACAAAACGUUCCAUAUCAACCAAACCCAAUUAAUCAACGUCCUCAAAUGAAUGCUCAAAAUCCUGGCACACUAUGUACUUCAAAUUAUUAUGGCCAGAAUCAAAAUUGUAAUCCAGAUCCAUAUUAUCCCCAAACUCAAUACACACCUUAUGUACAAACCCAAUAUCAACAAACUCAAUAUCCUUUGGUGCAACCUCAAGUUUAUAGUCAAAACCAAGUCAUGUCCCAAAGUCAAUAUCCUUCGAUACAACCACAAAACUUACAUUAUGGUCCAAACCAAGUCCUUUCUCAAAGCCAGUAUCCUUCCUCUGAAUUUGUUCAAAGUUCUUCUUUUGCUCCUCCAAAUCCAACUCCAUAUCAAGUUCAGGAAAACGAAGUUAUACAGGAGUCUGAUAUUUAUAGACCAGAUAAUGGUGGACAAAAGCAGCAGUUUCAUCAUCUUGCCAAAUGUCUUGGUGCCUUCGAGGUCUACAGCCACUGCCUCGGCCAUUGCGACCGAACCUGCGACGGAAGUGACAGGAUGCCGACACCGUGCAGUGCUGACAUCUGUAUUGCAGGAUGCAACUGCAUUUCCGGGUACUCUAGAGACGAGGACGGACAGUGCAUAGAGACCAGCAAGUGCAAGAAAAAUGAAGACAAAGAGGGAAAAGGACCCACCAAAAUUGUUGUGGCUGUUAUGAAAAAAGAUAGAAGUUGAAUGAAAUAAAUGUAA